AUGGGUUGCUGCGAGUCGUCGGCGAGCAUCCAGUCAGAGGUCUCAACGAGCAGCUCGCUAUUGUCAUCUAACAAGCCUCACUACUUGACGGAGCAGAUCUUCAAGAAGUACGACCACAACGGCAAUGGCCUGCUGGAUGUGUCUGAGCUGAAGUCCUUGAUGCAAGAUGCCUUCCCAGGUGAAAAUUUCUCGGAUGCGGAUAUGGCAACAAUGCACAACACCCUGGACAUGGACAAGGAUGGCUCCAUCGGUGUGAACGAGCUGCGUGCUUUCUUGAGGCUGUAUCAGCCCGGUCAGCAGCAGAUCCGCACCAAGACUGCCUUGAUCAUCGUCGAUGUGCAGAACGAUUUCAUCACCGGAACGCUUGCGAAUCCGUACAGCGCAGCAGACAUUGUCCCUAUCAUCAACAACCUUCGUGACAAGUUCGAUGUCGUGGUUAUCUCUUACGACUGGCAUCCCCACGACCACUGCUCCUUUGUGGAAUCCGCGAGCGAGGGCAAAGUGGCAAUCAAGGAGGAGGUGAAAAAGUUCGACCCCUUCACUUUCGUAACUCUCAAGGAAGACAAAGACAGGCCAGAGCACCAGCAGAUCCUUUACCCGCGGCACGCAGUGCAGAACUCCGAAGGUGGGAAGUGUCACAAAGAUCUGGUCAUCAAGGACACAGACCUCUCUGUUUACAAGGGUGUGAAGCCCAACAUCGACUCCUACUCCGCCUUCUUUGAUAACAUGAAGGCCAAUGACACGGGACUCACUGCAAUGCUCGAGAAAGAGAAUGUCACCGAUGUUUAUUGCUGCGGUUUGGUCACGGACAUCUGUGUGAAGUCCACCGCGCUUCAUGGUGCCGAGGUUGGAUUCAAUGCAUAUGUCAUUCACGAUGCCAGCCGCCCGCUAAGCAACGACAACAUCGAGCCGACCAAGAAGGUCUUGACGGAAGCCGGUGUCGGCUGGGUCACCGUUGACGAGGCCGUGAAGAAGGCUGCUCCUCCGAAGCCUGGGCCGUGGGUCCUCGAGACGUGA